CUUGCAAUUGACCACCUAUUUUCUCUCUCAAACCCGCUGUUAUCUGUGGAUCUACCGACGUUUGCAGUUCUACUAACCCUGAAUGUGAAGUUCCAUGAAUUCUCAACUCAAGAUACUUUCGCGGCGCGCUAUCCUGAUUCAAUCACUGAAAAAUGGCAGGGCGUGAUGAAUAGAAUCUCGAUACUCUCAAGGUUUCCCUGCAUGAUCCAUGAUCAUAUUUCUGCUUCAUGAACUCUCUUAGGACGCGAGUCAUAUGGAGAUUUCGUUUGACAUCAGUAGAGUCAUUGUGGCACAAGCUUACUUCUAUCUUGUGCAAUAUCACUUGUACCUCCACGGACCGAUCUUUACCCGUUCGUGCUCCCCGCAACGACCAUCGUCCAUACGAUGGCCAUAAAAGAAAAAGGGAGAAGAAAUAGUUCGCAGUUAUCCCCCACCUUUCGACAAGAUUGAUGGCUUUCCGUGCUUUUGCUUUGACUUUUGUAUUGCUCAUCAGACUCAGUCUAGCUGGAACCACUCCUCCUGCGAUCCAGCUUAAUGAAACUGAAUAUUCGAUUUUACUGGCAAACGAUGUCAUUUCGUUUGGACUUCUCAAAUCCACGAGUGCCAUCCAAAAUCUUACUUAUCAGAAUGUAUCUCUCCUCGGUACUGUCGAUGGUCUUACUGGUCAGGCUUAUACUGAUUUCCCCUCCAAUACAUUCACCACGAGUGGGAACUCUUCUUAUGAAAUCAUCACUGGACAAGAUUGGGCAGGGGUCAUAUUCACUGACAAUGACACACUCGGUUCAACUGUUCAACGACUCUGGUUCCUGCACGCUUCUGAACCAGGUGUUCACAGCUUCGUUCGACUGGCAUACUAUAAUGACACAGUAACCAGCAAAGGAGAGCUCGGUGAAUCUCGAACGAUGUUCCGUCCAAAUGGUGGUCCGUGGACUCAUAUAAUAACCAAUAGCGAGCAAUGGGCUCCACUUCCUGGUGCAGCAGCUGUAGCAGAAGUUGUAGUUCAGGAUGCAACAUGGUAUCUUGGACUUACCCCAGAUGAUCCUUAUGAAUCCGACUAUUUCACCAAAUACCAAUUUGCAGACAAUCAAACCAACAAAGCACAUGGUCUUUUCGGUUAUUCUCCAGAUAAUGUCACGACGCUGGGAGCUUGGUGGGUAGUGAACCAAAAGGAUACAUUCUUUGGGGGACCUCUUCACGGAGACCUGAUGGUAGAUGGAAUCAUAUACAACAAGCAAUCAACUAAUCACGGAGGAGCGACAAAUCCAAACAUAACGAAUGGCUUUGAUCGUACUUUUGGACCACAGUUCCUGUAUUUCAAUCAUGGAAACCAAUUUACGACACUUCAAGAACUUCUCGCUGAUGCAGAACAAUUCGCCGACCCAUCCUGGAAUGCCGAAUUCUAUGAUGAGAUUGCACCAUAUGUCCGUGGCUACGCACCUUCUUCUGUUCGCGGGACCUUUCAAGCCACCGUUACAGUACCUGAAGGGGCGCUGAAUCCUGUCGCAGUGCUUAGUGCGAAUGGUGUCGAAUUUCAGGUAGCCACCCUAUUUCCUCCGUUUCUGUCGAUAGACGGUUCAGUUUCAAUUCCCCGCGUUAAGGAAGGAUGGUACCGACUGACGGUAAUUGCUACUGGUAUCUUUGGUGAAUAUGCCCAGGACAAUAUCAUUGUGAGCGCCGGGAAGGUGACUUCUGUAUCCGCAACAUGGAUUGCUCAGUCCGCAGGGAAGGAACUCUGGCGCAUUGGAAUUCCCGACAAGACUGCUGGGGAAUUUAGGAAUGGUUUUGAAAGGGACUUGACACAUCCAAACCACCCCGCUAAAUACCGCAUCUACUGGGGUGCCUGGGACUAUCCCACUCAAUUUCCGAAUGGCGUAAACUUCACGAUUGGUUCGAGCAAUGAAUCUGUGGACUGGAACUACGUCCAUUGGUCACGAUUUGGUCCAACAUAUAUUCGGAAUGAGACCGUUACAGAUAUCAACCAAUGGCAGAUCAACUUCGAACUGGAGGAGGCACCUUCGGCAGAUUCGAUUGCAACCUUCACUAUGCAACUUGCGGGGGUAGAGACAACGGCAGGGAAUACAGAUGUGGCUUCGGGAUCUAACCCUAACGUUCCAAUUUUGACCUACGUCAAUGAUCAAAGUCAACCGUUGAACUGGACUAUUCUGGCUUAUCAGAGUAGCAGCUGCGGGGAACGCUCUGGUGACUAUUUUUUGACCGUUCUUUGA